AUGCACAAACAAACAAACCACAAUCGCGGCCACGGCUUCGCCCAUCCUUCUAUGUUGUGUGAGCAUUUUAAGCAGGAAGAUUUGGACCGGACAGGUCAGAUUAUCCGACUCAGAGAUGGUGUUGUUCCAUCCAUCUUCAGCUUCCCGGUUCAUCUCCAAAGAGUAGGGCUGAGGACGGCACAGGAACUGUCAGGGCUGACUGCACAGGAACUGUCAGGGCUGACCGCACAGGAUCUGUCAGGGCUGACCGCACAGGAUCUGUCAGGGCUGAGGACCGCACAGGAUCUGUCAGGGCUGACUACACAGGAACUGUCAGGGCUGAGGACCGCACAGGAUCUGUCAGGGCUGACUACACAGGAACUGUCAGGGCUGACUGCACAGGAACUGUCAGGGCUGAUUGCACAGGAUCUGUCAGGGCUGAGGACCGCACAGGAUCUGUCAGGGCUGACUGUAGAGGAACUGUUCGGGAUGAGGACUGCAGAGGAACUGUGA